GCUGCGGCUUUUGUGGGAGCUCUCUGGCCGCUCUGGUGGCUCUGGCCAGCGCCGCUGCUCUGGCCUCGAUUUGAUCUCGGCGGGCUGUCCGCCAUAUUGCAAUGUUGUGCAGUUUCUAAUCCUACUCAUCGGCGCUUUCUGUAGUGUAACUCUCUGUAAACUCUAUGUAGGUGUACGCCAGGUCGUAGCUCGCUGGACGGUAUGUGUUAACGUUCAUGUUCUAGCUUGAUCGACCAAGCUUUCGUAAGACGCUGUUUCAGAAAUCGCUAUUUAGCUCUCCGGCGCCGAUGCCAUACCAAAGCCGGUGCCCCGUGUGACAUCUUUCCGAUCACUUGGGCGCCGUCUUUAUCUUGUCCUAGUAACUUCCGGCGAAUGUUUCGUGUGCCUGUGGCCGUCGCAGUGUCCCUAAGUGUGUAUUUAUGCGCUGAAUUAGCUUUUUUCGUCGUACAAGAUACAUCGAGCCGACGAGACACUCGUAGAGCCAGCCAGCUAGCCCUAAUACCCGAACGUUUGCCCCAAGGCCUCAACUAACACACCAUUUGACCAAAUUGGUUUGCACAACUGCCAGAGCUGGUGGCCACCUUGGGACUACGCGAGGAAAGCCGCCGGAAAGCAGGGGCCAGCAGAUGCCUCUGCCCAGCAGGUCGCGCGUCUAUCCGGACGUCAACUCCCACCGGCCGCGGGACUACUGGGACUACGAGUCUCACGUCGUCGAGUGGGGGGUCCAGGAUGACUACCAGCUGGCUCGCAAGUUGGGCCGGGGCAAGUACAGCGAGGUCUUUGAGGCCAUCAACGUCACCAAUAACGAAAAGUGUGUAGUUAAAAUUUUAAAGCCUGUCAAAAAGAAGAAAAUCAAGCGAGAAAUCAAGAUUUUGGAAAAUCUACGCGGCGGGCCCAACAUUGUCACAUUGCAAGCUGUCGUCAAGGACCCUGUGUCUCGGACCCCUGCACUGAUCUUCGAGCAUGUUAACAACACGGAUUUCAAGCAGCUGUACCAGACGCUGACCGACUACGACAUCCGCUACUACCUGUACGAGCUGCUCAAGGCGCUGGACUACUCGCACUCGAUGGGCAUCAUGCACCGGGACGUAAAGCCGCACAAUGUGAUGAUUGACCAUGAGUGCCGCCGGCUGCGCCUCAUUGACUGGGGCCUGGCGGAGUUCUACCACCCGGGCCAGGAGUACAAUGUGCGGGUGGCCUCGCGCUACUUCAAGGGGCCCGAGCUGCUGGUGGAUUACCAGAUGUACGACUACUCGCUCGACAUGUGGAGUCUGGGCUGCAUGCUGGCCUCGAUGAUCUUCCGCAAGGAGCCCUUCUUCCACGGCCACGACAACUACGACCAGCUGGUGCGCAUUGCCAAGGUGCUGGGCACCGAGGAGCUUUUUGAGUACCUGGAGAAGUACCAGGCGGAGCUGGACCCCCGCUUCAACGACAUCCUCGGCAGGCACUCGCGCAAGCGGUGGGAGCGCUUCGUACACAGCGAGAACCAGCACCUGGUGACGCCCGAGGCCCUUGACUUUCUGGACAAGUUGCUGCGCUACGACCACCAGGACCGGCUCACAGCCCGCGAAGCCAUGGAGCACCCUUACUUCUACCCAGUGUCCAAGGAACAACAACAAAAGUUUUUGGAGCGCCGGACAGGUCACAGUGGCUCACCUCCUCCUGUGUCUGCCGGCGGUGCCCCCGUGGGGUCCAACGCGCUGAGUGUGCUGCCCACCUCGCCUGUGACGUCGCCCAGCGUGGCCGCCCUGGGGAGCACCACAUCGACAUAGGGCCAAGGCGUUUGUCCUCCACUGGGUGGGCCUCCAGACGCUUUCUUGUCCUGCGGCAAUCUGUUAGCGCCUUUCCUGCUCCUUGGUCUCCGACCGAGUUUCGUGUCACGGGGUCCUUGCUAGCUCCACGAGUCCCACCUGCCUUUUGGCUCUCCCAAAUGGAUUUUAAUUGUGUUGCCACAUUCUGUUGUGCCUUCGAAAUUGUCCUUAUUUUGUGAUGGUUCUUUAUUUCGUCAUUUUUUUUGUUGCAAGUGUGUCUGGCAUCUGUUGUGUGGCUCGUGCAGUGGGAGGACAAACACAAGGCAAAUGAUGUUCAAUAAACUUUUUUUUUUUUUUUCAAUCUGGGUUGUAUCUAGGUUUUCAACCUUGUGUUAGGUGUGAUGUCAUUUCUUUUGUGUGUGUGCGGAAGCAGACUUCUGUAAGAGUCUUAGGCAGGUUGUGGAUGUGCGAGGCCAGAUUAUGAUUCUUUAAAGCUGGUGUUGAGCUGCACUCUGACAGUGUGAUCAUAGUUUUUUUUUCAUAUUUAAAAUAUAGACAUUGAAGCACCUAAGCAACUGUGAGGUUGUUUUUUUUAAAAUUUUAUUCCUUGUAGGUGCAGAAGGGUGCUGGUACAAAUUGAACAGAACUGGGCCAAUUUUCUUACCGAUUUGUUAGUGCCAUGGCUUUCAAUAAUGUAUGCACCCACUAAAUCUCAAAGCUCUUGUCCAGUUUGUAGCCUUCAUUACAUUCAGACUGACUGCCCUAUUUAAAGUAUGUUCAACUUUUUUUUUCCUUUUUUUUUUGUGUGUGUACCCUGUAUUAAACCAUUUUCUUUGCUCAAACUGGAUGGCUAGCUUGGACGCCUUCUGUGCGCAGCAAUCAACACGGACACUAGCAUUUAAUAACAGUUGCAGGUUGCACUCUUCCAUACGCAUGCAUCAAGAGGUCAAGUGGCACCACCUGUGGCCAAUUUGUUUUGGGCCCGGUGGUACCUUGUUAUUUGACGUGGGCAUUUUAAGUACACCACUGCAUUCUGGUUGCAAUUGGUGUGUUGCAUUGGCAGGUCAUUUCGCUGACGCUGCGGCGUUUCAUUGGCAAUUUUUUUUUCGUCGAAGGUGCCUACAUUUGUCUCAUCAAAAGCCUCUUUUCCUGCAUGUUGUCUUGGCUGUUGGCAUCCUGUUUCUGUGCUCUCGUGUGGCAUCCUAGUUGGCAGCUUCAAUGAGGUUGGUCGUAAGUUCGAGCCUGAGAUGGUCAUCCAUUUUCCCCGAGCGGGGCGAAGCAAAGGGGUGACCUGUUUGGAAGCCUGCCGAACCCACUUCGUUUGGGGCUCGCCGACUUGUUUUUGCCGUGUCGGAGCCACCUGGUAUACUUCUACAUAGCGAAUUGAAUACACCAUCAACAACAAGAAAAAAAUGUUGGUGACGAAAUGGUGUUGACAAGAUGUGCAUCAAUGCAUGAAACACAUUUCCGUGAUGAAAUGAUAUGGGACCUUGCGAUUGCACCGAAUGCAAACCAGUCGUAUGUGUCAUAGUUGUUUGUUGAUAGGUUUGUGGCUUGAAUCGACAGGUUUCUUGUUGUGUGCCAGGCAUUUUCAUUAGCAAGGGCUAUGAAAAGGUUUGGAUAUCUACUUUAUGCUAUGUUGAGAAAGUGCCGCAACAUUUACUAAUCCACCUAUGAGCAAUGGAUGAGCUGCCUGUAAGCGCGGCACGAGGAGGACGAUCAGCGAUGCACAGAUGUGUUCUUUCUCUACAUCGAGGUUAUCUUGUCUCUUGAAAGAGGAACGCUUGUUUGAGGCGCGUCAUGUCAGCGGAGGUUUGUGCUCUUUGUGUACACCCAUAGACUUUUUUAUAAUGUACACUGUGCAACACUGUUAGUGCAAACACAACCUGAGCGCUGCUUGGCAUUUUACUCUGAAAUGGUGUUGUAUAGUUCUAAGAAUGCAGUUGAAGCUCUGCCUCCAGUAUGUGCUCAUUGCAUUGGGGUUUGGCCGCAUGUGCGAUGAGGCCAAAAGCUCGCGAUGCGAACGUCUACUGCAUUCUUAACCUGUUACCCAAGUAGUUUUGAUGACUGGGUUCUAAGGGGAUGAUUGCCUUUUCAUACUAACACUGUUGCGCCGUGUACGCUAGAGGUUCAUCUUUCAGUGCACCUGCGCAUUCCUGUGGAAUAACCUGCAUCUGUUUUGUCUCUGCCAUAGAAGUAAUUGUAUUUGUUUUGGGUUGUAACGAAUAGUAUGUAACUUUAUUAACAUUAUAAAAGUGCAAAUGCUUCAUUUGGAGUAUAUUUUCAGGUUGGCUGUGUUCUAAUCGGCAAUUUUUCAGGACCAAACCUAUGUUACACAGCAGGUUUGUAGAGACAAGUGACAAAUCUAAGCAGAAAGGACAAUUUAACGUAGGUUUGUUCAAAAUGCUACAACACUGGUUAGGCUAUGCCAGAUCCAUAUUAAUAUGAAAAUGAUCCCACGAUGACACUCCCCAAGCAGUUAAACCCCCCCCCCCCCCCCCCCAUAUUAGGCCACUCGGUGUUUUCUCCCUUCUGCCUGUUUUCAAAAUAUUUGAGCAAAUGGACAUGUUUUGAAGGAGAAUGAAACUAUCUUUCCACCUAUGCAUGAUCGGAGGGAAUAAAACGAGAUUCGUUCAUUGCAA